AUCGCUGACGAACAAGCUAGCCAGCCAGCUAUCUCUCUGCCUGGGAGCGAGAAGAAGAGACAGAUUGUGUGAAAAAGGAAAAAGAAAAGGAGAAACGCUAAAUAAGAAAGAAAGGAUAUAAAAAAAAAGCGGAACGAGGGAGAAGUAGAGUGGAUUGUGUGGUGUGAUUUCGUGGUGGUAUUACCGUUUUUCGCGUUUUCUUUUUGUGUUCCUUUCGCCAUGACGUUGAUCUGAAAUUGUAUUUAAAAAUAAUAAUCCCGAUGUUGGUCGUAGGACUGUACAAAUGUAGUUUUCAUGCUUUUAACAAGGAGAAAAUCCGGGGAAGCAAUUCGUGGAUACCGAAGAAAGCUUCAAACGUGUUUGAAGCUUUCGAGGUCGUAUUCAUGGAACUAUGAACCUGGACUCGUUGUCUUUUACUUUGUCACAAAUCAGUUAUUUGGUUGCAAAUUUGAACAAGAAAAAUUUUCGAGAAAGCGCUCAGGAGAUAUCAGUUUUGGUGCAGUGGAAGGGUCUGGAGGCGGACAGACACUUGCUGCGCUGUUUGUUCUCGCAUGUCAACUUUUCAACGGGAGAGCAGCCAGAGCCCAACGCAAAAGACUAUUAUCAAGCUCAGUUGCUCACCCAAGAGUGCACUAAUCUUCUCAGCAAACCAUCCUUCAUAUCAAACCUCUGUUACGCCAUUGAUCGCCCCUUACAUCAGCAAAAAAGCUUAAAUCCGUCACCAAAAUUUUUUCUGAAUCUUCGCAAGGUUCUGAAAUUGACGUCUGUACAAGAAGUUGCCUUCGCGAUAGCAUUGUUGCAUUCUGAAAAUCCAGAUAUCCAGACUUUAGCAUUGGAACACGUUAAAAAACAGCUGCCUGAAUUGAUAAAAAAUUACAUAAACUCGGAAAUAAGCAAUAAACACCACGAAGGAGGUCUGCACGAUUCGUCACCUGAGGUCUUACAUCUCAUACUGUCGCAGGCAUUUCAGGAACCCAACCAGUUUGGCCUGCCUAUCGAAGCGAAGGAAAAAUUUCUCAAGAAUUUAAGGCGUGAUUUUCCCCGUGAGCUGGUACCGGUGGUGCUAGCACCACUCUUGUAUCCAGGCGACGGGGAAAUUCCGCAAACAGCAAUAGAAUUAAACAUGGCUUCCAAUCCGAUGGGAUUUCCCUUUCAGGAUGGAAAUGCUUUGGUGGAGAUGAUUAUGGAACUUGGAUAUGGGUUCACGAGUAGCGUUGAUGAAUGCCGUUCUGCCCUUGCUGGGCUGGGGGCCCGAGAAAUUACACCGACCGCAGCUGCUCGGGUCCUAUCCCUCAUGGCCCGUACAUGUUCCGGUCUUGAUGAUGCUGGUGGUUUACAAUCAUUCUGGGGAGGUUCCAGUGGUAAUCAAGAUUCCAGUAAAGAAAAAUCUUCUGACGGCAAUACACCUACUACAUGGAACGUCGAAGUCUUCAUUCAGACUCUAAAAGAUCUUCAAUCCACUUUGUCGUGGAAUGAGAUCAUAGUUAAACUUGACCAUGCUGAUUUUAUAAUCAAGGACAGACAAGGCUUGAACCUGCUGAUAACAGGUCUGCGUCUAGGUCUUCAGCAUCUAGGAUAUCCUCUGGAUAUGUUCCCUGUUGAGUUAUUUUACCGACAUUGGGAUAAUGUAGAGGGUCAAUUCUCAUUGGUGCAGCAAGUUUUGAAAAACCCGGACAUAUUUUGUUUCGCUGAUUACCCAUACCAUUCGGUAACCGUUGAUGUUCUCAAAGCUGCACCAGAAGGUGACAGCAAAGAAGCCGGAACUUGGCGAUCAUUGAAUGUAGUGGAACUUCUACUUCACAUGGCUGAACGAGGUCUAUAUGGUGCAGUUCAGGAAAUAUUCAAAUGGCCCAUCCAACAUUGUCCGGAUGUUCUCGUCCUGGCUCUACUACAGAUCAAUCCCCCAAUUACGAUACUCCGGCAGGAGUUGCUCAGCACUUUGAUGCCGAUUUUCCUUGGGAAUCAUCCGAAUUCUGCAGUCAUUUUACACCAUGCUUGGCAUGCCAACAAUGUUACAAUCAAGCCGAUAAUAAUGCACGCUAUGGCCGAUUGGUAUUUACGUGGGGAAUAUGAUCAAACGAGGCUGUCACGAAUCCUAGAUGUGGCUCAGGAUUUAAAGGCUCUUUCAAUGCUUCUGAACGCCCAAUCUUUUCCUUUUGUUAUCGAUUUAGCCUGUUUAGCCUCGCGAAGAGAAUAUCUAAAACUGGAAAAGUGGCUUACAGAUAAAAUUAGAGAUCAUGGAGAAUUGUUUGUUGCUGCUUGUGUAAAAUUCCUACAACGAAGAUGUCCACAUGUUAUGGGGCCUGCUAUAAAAGAAGAUCCGUCAACUCCGAAGGCUACUCAACUUCCUCAGGAAACACUCAAUACCAUUCUUGCUUGCCUGCAAGUCUGCGCUGGAAGCGUGUCUCAAGAGUGUUCUGAUGCAAUUAUGACAAUGGUUCAGAACUGUAAUCUAAUGCUUAGUAAAGCAAGCCUAAGCAGACCACCUCCUGUCAUUAGACACAGAGGGCUCGAAACAUUCAAUCCUGCUACUUUGGGAGGACAGCUCUUUUCUUCAUCGCAAGUUGAUCCAUUGGGAAAUCUCAGCUCAAGUUUAGCUUCUAUGGGCUUAAGCUCUAGUUUGGGACCUCCUAGCAGUUCUGCUUUCAAUCUUCCUGGGGCCCUUGGUCCUUUGGUUUCUGCACCUGGUUCGCCCUCACGUUUAAUGGGUCCGUCACCCAGCCCAUUUCCAUUGAUGCCAAUUUCCGCCCAGCUUCACGCAGGGCCUGUUGGAACGCAAGGACCAUCAGUUGUACCAGGUGGCACAACGAUAGGAGGAUUAAGUCGUCUUGGUCCACCAAGUGGUAUUGAAAAGGCUAGAUUGCCAGAAACUUCGAACUUGUUUCCUGAUAUGUCACAAAAUGUGUCUAAAGAAAUCGAAGACGAAGCGAACAGCUAUUUUCAACGCAUAUACAAUCACCCUCCACAUCCCACAUUGUCGAUUGACGAAGUGCUUGAAAUGUUGAAAAAAUUUCAAGAUUCCGGUAGCAAAAGGGAGCGUGAGGUGUUCAACUGCAUGUUGCGCAAUUUGUUUGAAGAGUACCGUUUCUUUCCGCAAUAUCCUGAUAAGGAAUUGCACAUAACAGCUCAAUUGUUUGGAGGUAUCAUUGAGAGAGGACUUGUCAACACUUAUGUCGCCUUGGGUUUGGCGCUACGCUGUGUUCUUGAUGCUUUGAGGAAACCUGAGGCCAGUAAAAUGUAUUACUUUGGAAUUGCCGCGUUGGACCGUUUCAAAAGUCGGCUAAAAGAGUAUCAAAAGUAUUGCGAACAUGUCAGGGCUAUUCAACACUUUAGUGAAUUCCCGCCACAUCUUAUCGAGUAUGUCGAAUAUGGUCUCCAGGGACAAGAACCUCCCACCAGACCUCAGGGUCAAGUACUUCCAAAGUCAAUAGCUGCCAUGCUAGCACCGGCUACUAUUCCUUACAAAACUAUCACUACAACAACUGUUACAACAACGACUACCCAAGCCAAGCCAUCCACGACUCCCACUACGUCGCUCUCUGCCAGGCCAUCAAUUGCAAAUGCAACCAACAUAGACACAUUGCUUGUUGCUACGGAUAAGGAGGAGAAGAUUACAGCACCACCGGAAAGUUUGCAAGACAAGACUGCAUUCAUCUUCAAUAAUCUGAGUCAGCUUAAUCUGCAACAGAAAUGCGAUGAAAUCCGGGAGAUAGUUACCGAAGAAUACUGGCCAUGGAUGGCUCAGUAUUUAGUUAUGAAACGUGCCAGCAUUGAAUUGAAUUUCCACGCCCUUUAUUCCAACUUUCUUGACUGUCUUAAGGUACCUGAUGUCAAUAAAAUGGUCACUAGAGAAACUUUCAGAAACAUCAAGGUAUUGCUCCGAAGUGACAAAGGAAUAGCGAAUUUUUCUGACCGUUCUCUAUUGAAGAACUUGGGUCAUUGGCUGGGGAUGCUGACAUUAGGAAGAAACAAUCCAAUUUUCCAUAUUGAUAUAGAUUUGAAAAGCUUACUCGUCGAGGCGUAUCACAAAGGUCAACAAGAACUUUUGUAUGUUGUGCCAUUCGUAGCUAAAGUAUUGGAAAGCUGUGCAAAAAGCCGUGUCUUUCGUCCACCCAAUCCCUGGACUAUGGCAAUAAUGAAUGUUUUGGCUGAGCUACAUCAGGAGCCUGAUCUAAAACUGAAUCUGAAAUUUGAAAUUGAGGUGCUCUGCAAGAACCUGAGUAUUGAUGUAUCCGAAUUGAAGCCAGCCAUCUAUUUAAAAGAUCCCGAAAAACUGAGAAACUUGGAAUACCAAUUAUCCCACCCUAACAAGAAACCAGAAGUCGCUGCUAAUCCGCAGCCGCCACAGCCUCCUGCUGAGGAACUUGUCAGGCCAACAACUACUGGAACUAUAGUCUCACAACAGGCACCCCCUGUAAAUACAACACCUUCAUUGCCAACCAGUCCGCCCGAACCACGCUUCAAUUACAUGGAUAUAUCCGUGACUGGUAUUGCUUCACAGCACAUCACUAUCAACAACCAGCUACCACUUUUCCAAGCACACCCGCAACUCAAACAAUUUGUGCGAUCCGCCGUUGAACGAGCUAUCCAAGAGUGGAUUCACCCUGUCGUAGAUAGAUCAAUAAAAAUAGCAUUGACGACAAGUGAACAAAUUGUCAGAAAAGAUUUUGCACUUGACCCAGAAGAGAUCAGGAUGCGUACUGCUGCUCGUCAUAUGGUGCGCAAUCUCACUGCUGGAAUGGCCAUGAUAACGUGCCGAGAACAGGUACUCACUUCAAUCAGUACAAACCUGAAGCAAUCAUUUGUUGCUGCACUGAUGGGAACUACUCCACAACAAAAGGAGCUAGCUGAACAAGCAGCGAGUAUAGUGGCUGCUGAUAACAUGGAACUUGCGUGCGCAUUUGUACAGAAAACAGCGAUUGAAAAAGCUAUUCCUGAGAUGGAUAAGCGACUACUAAAUGAAAUAGAACUACGUAAGAUUGCUAGACAAGAAGGACGGAGAUACUGUGAUCCCUUAGCUAAAUAUCAGGCAGAGAGAAUGCCUGAGCAAAUAAGACUUAAAGUCGGAGGUGUGACUCCGCAACAAAUGGCUGUUUAUGAGGAAUUCGCAAGGAACAUUCCAGGGUUUCUACCUCUUUCCGAACGUGACACUCAAGCUCUCUUUAUGCCUAAGCCGGUAACUGAACCUGCUGCCACAGCAUUUGCGGCAAAUCCAGCAGUUGCAGUUGCUACACCUCAGCAAGUUGCAGCAUAUGCAGCUGCCGUCAACAAUGACGAAGUUGGUGCCAUGUUAGAAAAACUUGCCACAGAAGUAGAUCUACUUUUGGCAGCUAUGGGUCCAGGUGUUCCGCCACCACAACACGCCGCACUACAUGCACUUCUCGAUUCUAUCAUACUUACCAGAAGAUCCAGGGACACUGGUGCUGCUUUGGCACUAUUGAAAAAGGCUGUAGAAGGAUUGCUAGAUGGUCCCACCAUUUCAACUGGUGUUAAUGACGGAGAAAUAAUGCUGAGAUACAGGGAAUUACAUCUUCGUAUCCUUAAGUGCCUUCAAGAUCCACGAGCUUAUGGUAUGCAGUGGACAAACAAACACGUAACUCGAUGUUUAACGGAAUGCAGGGAAGAGUUUCGCUACAAUUUCGAAGCUGUCGAUUAUCUGAUAAGAUCUCACUUGUUGAACCUACCGCAAUUUGAUUAUGCUUUGGCCCAGGCAAUGGAUGCGGGUGCUGCCAUGGCUACUGCGUUUGCUAUGCAACUAGUGCAGCUCUACCUAAUUGAUGAGAGACUAACUACUCAUGUUACGGAAUCUGACUUAUUCCAUACAAUUGAAAUUCUAGCUAGAAUGGCACAUCAUCGAGCACCACCUGAAGGGAUUUCAUUAUUCAGGCUUACUAGUUUGAUAGAAUCAUUACGGGCUAAUCAUGAUCCAGCUGUACUGGCAGACAGAGCCCCAGCUGGACCAACUGCCCAUAUUCACUCUGGGAUUCUCCAGGUGAGAACUCGAGAUUUCGACGAUCCUCCUGGACUGAUGGAAAAGACCGAAUACUUGUUACGUGAAUGGGUAUCCAUGCACCACAAUCCAACGCACGCCCGUGACCCAACAAAGGCAUUCGGAAUGUUUGUCCACCAGAUGAAUAUUCACGGAAUAUUAAAAACCGACGAUCUCAUAACGCGAUUCUUCAAGCUGAGUACACAAAUGUGCGUCGAUCUCUGCUACAGAGCAUUGGGUGAACCAAAUGCUGCUCCUUCUGUGGUGCGUGCGAAGUGCUUCCAUACAUUGGAUGCCUUUGUUCGUCUUGUUGCACUUUUGGUGAAGCAUUCAGGGGACACUGCAAAUACCCACACUAAAAUCAACCUCCUGAACAAAGUUUUGGGCAUCGUCGCUGGUGUUCUUUUGCAAGAUCAUGAAAUGCGAGGAACGGACUUUCAACAGCUACCUUAUCAUCGAAUAUUUGUUAUGCUAUUCCUUGAGCUGUGUGCUCCCGAACCUGUACUUGAGGCCGUUAAUUACCAAGUACUGACCGCUUUCUGCCACACCCUGCACAUAUUACGUCCAGCAAAGGCCUCGGGCUUUUGUUACGCCUGGUUAGAGCUCGUUUCGCACCGAGUAUUUAUCGGCCGUAUGCUCGCUAUUACUCCCCAACAAAAAUGCUGGGGCAUGUACGCUCAGUUACUCAUUGAUCUCUUCAAGUAUCUCGCACCAUAUCUGCGCAAUGCCGAGCUAGCAAAGCCAGUAACUCUCUUAUACAAGGGAACGCUGCGGGUAUUGUUGGUCUUACUACAUGACUUCCCAGAAUUUUUAUGCGACUAUCAUUACGGAUUCUGUGAUGUGAUACCCCCAAAUUGUAUUCAAAUGAGAAAUCUCAUUCUGAGUGCUUUUCCGAGAAAUAUGCGCCUCCCCGAUCCUUUUACCCCGAAUUUGAAAGUCGACAUGCUGCAAGAAAUCGCUCAUGCGCCAAGAGUUCUAUCGAACUUUGCCUCUAUGAUCCAACCGCUUAGUUUCAAAAAAGAAUUGGAUUCAUACUUGAAAGCAAGAGCACCUGUUACUUUCCUCUCAGAACUUCGCAGUAACUUGCAGGUUUCACAGGAGGCUGGAAUGCGCUACAAUAUUCAAUUGAUGAAUGCCCUUGUUCUGUAUGUCGGGACACAGGCCAUAGUAUUCAUUCGUCACAAAGGACACACUCCCAACAUGUCAACGAUUGCUCAUGCCGCACACAUGGAUAUAUUCCAAAAUCUGGCUGUUGAUCUUGACACGGAAGGGCGCUACUUAUUCCUAAAUGCAAUUGCAAAUCAGUUGCGAUAUCCCAACAGUCAUACGCAUUACUUCAGUUGUACCUUGUUGUACCUAUUCGCCGAAGCUAACACUGAAGCUAUUCAAGAACAAAUAACAAGAGUCCUUCUUGAAAGGCUGAUUGUCAACAGACCACAUCCCUGGGGACUUCUCAUUACUUUUAUCGAACUCAUUAAAAAUCCUACCUACAACUUCUGGAAGCAUGAGUUUGUCCACUGUGCACCAGAAAUCGAAAAAUUAUUCGAAUCAGUGGCUCGGUCAUGUAUGGUACAGAAACAAGUCCAGCCACCUCCAGAACCGGAGAUCCCAGAGUGAUAAAACGUUUUAUACUUCAAAAUAUCGAUUUGUGUACAGUAAAUUGGUAAAUAAGAAUCGCGUGUAAAAAGUUGUUGAUCUACGAAUAGAUGUACUAUAAUAAUAACUUGGGCUUAACGUAUAAUGAUUUCCUUGGUGAAGAAUGAUAAAUAAUCUUAUAGUGACUGUAAUAAUAACAAUAAUAAUAAUAACAACAAUAAUAAUAAUUAAAAAAUAGUGUAAGUGAAGUAACAAGUAAUUAAAAUGUUAAUAUUUUAAUAAACUCAUAUAUUGCAUCGAUGAAGAUGCAAUGAACAAUUCAGCUAUAGAAAAAAUUUUUUUUUGAUUGAUUGUUGAAAAGAAGGCUUGGUUGAUAUCAAUCGCAUUAUGAAUAUUAAAUAAUACAAUGCAGCGUAUAAUCAUGAAAUGGAAAAUAGCUGAAAUGUGUAAUAAUGGUGUUCAGUAGUAUAAAAUAUAAGGAGUUUUUUUUCAUUAGCACAUAAUGGACUGACCAAUGAACUGAAAAAGUUUCAAACUAAAUGGUGCAAAGUUAUAUACUUAACUAAGUG